AUGCGUACAACCCGCAAAGUAUCCGUGUGGCCUGUGGGCCUAGUGGGAGGACGACGCUAUGAGCGCCCUAUAGUGGAAAAUGGCAGAGUUGUUGGCUGGUACACAGGUUGGCGACCUGACAGGCCGUUUGCCAUUGACAUGGCAGGAUUUGCUGUGAGUCUUCAAGUGAUUCUCUCACACCCUAAAGCUGUAUUCAAACGCCGUGGGUCUCAACCAGGUAUGCAAGAAUCAGAUUUUCUCAAACAGAUAACAACAGUGGAGGAGCUGGAACCAAAAGCAAACAACUGCACAAAGGUUCUUGUAUGGCACACUCGAACAGAAAAGGUAAAUCUAGCUAACGAGCCAAAAUAUCAUCUGGACACGGUUAAUAUUGAGGUAUGAUCUGGAGAUGUAACUAUAUGAACAUACCUCAGAAAAUGGAUGUGACCGAAGAUGUCCGAGUUCAGCCAAUUACAUUCAAGCACUGUACAAUCUACUGUGCAACAUCUUUUACCAGUCAUCUGAUGGACUUCUGUGCAGGCAAAACAGUUGUCAGAUAACCCAAUACAUACAUCAGACGGUACAAGCCAUAUGUGCUUUGUUCUAGCUUGUUUUGCAUGCAUUCCUCAACUUUCUCCCAGUUCAUUAAAUUGAUAUCCACAUUUUUGUUUUGAGAUAUUUUUAACCCCCUCCAUGGAAACUAACCCCAAAAACAGAAGGCUGAAACAUGGCUGCUGAGGAACAUUUUUAUAUAUUUUCUUGAAUUUAUCCCACUUAAACGAUGGCAAUUAUAACUUGCUUUGGACUACAAAAUGUUGAUCACUAAAACAGUGCUGUAAUGCACCUUCC